AAAUAAUCUUUUUUUUUUUCUUUCUUUCUUUUUUUGCUUGUUUUGGUCUUCGAAUUUCCGUGCCUCGGUUUCAUCAAAACCCUUCCAGUUUCACAAAUUGAAUAACUAUAAACAAUUUUGGUUCCUAAAUUACUUUGCCGUUCUUCGAAUCGAUAGAAUUCGUUUCAGCGAAAUCGUGUAUUAGAUAACGCGAUUCUCAAUGGAAUCAGAUUUCGAGACGAACGAUAUGCUCACACUCUCACAAGAUUCAUUUGAUGAUGCCAACGACAAUGAUAAUUUGGAUGUUGAAGGUGAAACAUGUGGAAUAUGUAUGGAUAUGGUUAUUGACAGGGGAGUAUUAGAUUGCUGUCAGCACUGGUUCUGCUUUGUAUGUAUUGACAACUGGGCUACCAUCACUAAUCUCUGCCCACUUUGCCAGAAUGAGUUUCAGUUGAUCACUUGUGUUCCAGUAUACGAUACCAUAGGGAGCAAUAAAGUUGAAGAUGGCUCAUUCUUCAGAGAUGAUGACUGGUCGAUUGACGGGAAGAAUAACAAUCUGUCAUUUCCCUCUUACUACAUUGAUGAAAAUGCAGUUACUUGCUUGGAUGGUGACGGCUGCAAAAUUCGAAAUGGAUUUGCAAGUGUUGAAGAAGAUUCUGGUCUUGAUACAUCGAUUGCUUGCGACUCAUGCGAUCUAUGGUAUCACGCCUUUUGUGUGGGAUUUGAUACUGAAGGUACUUCUGAAAGUACGUGGUUAUGCCCAAGAUGUGUGGCUGAUGCAGUUUCUAAAGAAACAGAUGGCAAUUCAAUAAAGGAGGCUUCCCUGGAAUGUAACCCAGAUAGUAAUAACAGUGAAUGUCAUGCCGGAAUAGUGUCUGUGUCCAUUGCUGAUACAGGAGAGACAGCUGUGGUUGUCUCAAUGGUUGACCGAAACAAAUGGAUUCCAGAAACAAGUGAGAGAGGCCUAUUGCCUCCUGAAGUUGAUGGGGAUCUGUUGAAUGAGCCAUGUAAGUUAAUGUCGGACACAAAUAAUCAGCUGCAGGCAACAGAGAAGACAAAUGUGUCACCGAUUAUGAAGGGAGAAGAACUAGAGCUUUCAUUAUCACACCCAACUUCUAAAUCCUUCGUGCAUAGCGAUUUAAAGGAAAGUGAUAAUGGAACAAGAUGUGAACCGAGUAGCUUUGAUGGAACGAAGUUAUCUGAUGAGUCCAAUGCCAAAACUAGUCCAUGCAAAAUUGAAUCUGAUAUGGGUCUUCAUCUUGGUUUAUCGGUGGGCUCUUUUUUAACUGUCGAUAAUGUGGACAAGAGCGAAUCAAAAGAUCAAGCAACUGAUCCCCCGUGCUCGAUUCCAGAAGAAUUUCCUUUGGAAGGUGAUAAACUCGAUAUCAAUGCUUGUGAUGACAGUGCCAGAGUGGCUGGUAGAAAGAGGAAGCAUUUUGAUUACAGUCAUGAGCAAGUUCGUAUAAAAGUUGAGGAUGAAGAUGCCAACCCCGAAUUAUCGGUUGAAGCUUCACAAAAGAAAACCAGAGCAGCUGUUAGUCAGAUGUUUAGAGCUAAUGACUCGGAUGCUCAACUUUCUGACAAUGCUAAGAAAAGUCCCGUUUUAAAACAUUCUCCAACAAAGGAGAUUGCAGCAUCAGAUAUAAUGAAUAUAGUUAAAGGGACGAACCGUAGGCUUACCAAGGGACUUGCUGACACUAAUGCUAGUAAAAAGUUAGCUGAAAAGAAAGAAAACAUGACUGGGUUGAGGGUUAAAAAGAUUAUGAAGAGAGUUUCUGAUGAUGGAGAAUCAUCCUCACUAGUCCAAAAUCUAAGGAAAGAAAUUAGAGAAGCUGUCCGCAACAAAUCCUCUAUAAACUUUGAGGAAAACCAUUUUGAUAAAAAUCUUCUUGAAGCCUUUAGGGCUGCUAUAACAGGGCCUAAAACUGAACUUGUAAAUAAGUUAUCCCCUUCAGCUCUGAAGGCAAAGAAGUCAAUGUUGCAGAAAGGAAAAGUGCGUGAAAAUCUAACAAGGAAAAUUUUUGGGACAUCCAAUGGUAGAAGAAAGCGUGCAUGGGAUAGGGAUUGUGAAAUUGAGUUUUGGAAAUAUCGUUGCAUGAGAGCUUCAAAGCCUGAAAAGGUCGAAACCUUAAAAUCAGUUCUUGAUCUUCUAAGAAAAAGUUCAGAGAACCCAGAAUCAGAGCGAGCUCCUGAAUGUCAGGCCAAGAAUCCAAUUCUUUCCAGAUUGUAUAUAGCAGAUACAUCUGUUUUCCCACGGAAAGAGGACGUCAAACCUUUCUCGGAGCAGACUAAACAAAAUAAUCCGUCAGCAAAAGGACCAAAUCAAUCUGUUGAUAACAAGAUUAUUAAAGCAACAGAGGUAAAUAAUCUCUUAUCAAUGACCAGAGUAUGUUUAUCUGAGAAAAAAGUAGAUAAGAUUGUACGUGGUCCAGCUGGUAAAGUACAAUUAAGCAGUCGCUCGGAAGGGGCAUCAGUUUCUUCUUCAGCUGGUGCUAAAGUUGGCACAAAGGAUUCUGGCCUUAAAUCUGAUUCUGUGAAAGGUGAUAAAAGAAAAUGGGCCUUGGAGGUUCUGGCGAGGAAAACAGCUGUUGCAAGCAAGAACACAGCAAAUGAAAGCCAGGAAGAUGAUGCAAUUUUUAAGGGAAAUUAUCCUUUGCUUGCCCAAUUACCAACUGAUAUGAGACCGGUGUUGGCACCUUGUCGCCACAAUAAAAUUCCUGUAUCCGUGAGGCAGACACAGCUGUACCGCCUGACGGAACGCUUAUUGAAGAACACAAAUCUGCCAAUCAUUCGUAGAACUGCAGACACAGAAUUGGCUGUUGCAGAUGCUAUUAAUAUUGAAAAGGAGGUUGCUGAUAGAUCAAAAAGCAAGCUAGUUUAUCUGAAUCUUUGUUCACAAGAGUUAUUGCAUCGCACAAAUAACACAAAAUCCAACAUAAACACAGACACAACUCUACCAACCUCAUCAUCACCAGUGCAAACUGAUCAAUCAGUACUAAAUACUGAUGAUCUUUUGACUGACCCUGCAGUUCAAAUAGCAUUGAAAAAUGCUGGUUUGUUUUCUGAUUCACCUCCAAGCAGUCCCCGUAAGAACAAUGAAAUAUGUAAUGAAAAGGAAGUGUCAGGGCCUGAUGAUAUACUUGAACUAGAAUCUCAUCCCGAGCUGGAUAUUUAUGGUGAUUUUGAGUAUGAUUUGGAAGAUGAUGAUUACAUAGGUGCCAGUGUUACAAAGAUCCCAAAGCUAAAAGAAGAGCCAAGUGAAUCAAAAGUGAAACUCGUUUUCUCCACCACGAGCUUGAAGAAAACAAAUAAUGCUUUGGAUAGUGCAGACUGUAAGGGGUCUGAAAACAAUGAAGUGCCCGGAGUUGCCUUUUGCUCACCAAACUGUCACAGAGAUGCAGUCCAGAAGGAUUCUACCAUUAAUGCAGAGAUUGGCCAGCCUUCCGUUUCUUCUGGACUCCUACUAUGUGAGGGUGCUGUCGAGCCAGUUGAUUCAGAAUUUGAAGAUUUAUACGGCCCUGAUAAAGAACCACUUAUAAAAAAGUUUCCAGAUGGUGAAUUACAAUCAUUACAUGGAGAGGGCAAGAUGGAAACUCAAAGCGAGAAUAAUGAUUGCCAUAAGGAAGAAGAACGUGACUUAGACAAAGCAAUAAAUGGUGCUGAAUUAGGGAAUGAGUCUGUCCCUAUCAUCACUGGCAAACCUCCUAAUACAUCCGGGACUGAUGAAAAUAUUCAAAGGAAGGAAGAGAGAAGGAAGGAAGAGAGAUCUGACAUCCCAGCCCAGAAGUCAAACAAUGAAAAUCAAGUAGCGAAGAAGGUAGAAGCCUACAUCAAGGAGCAUAUCAGGCCAUUGUGCAAGAGUGGUGUGAUCACGGCUGAACAGUACAGGUGGGCUGUUGCAAAAACAACUGAAAAGGUUAUGAAGCAUCAUUGCAAAUCAAAGAAUGCUAAUUUCCUCGUAAAGGAAGGUGAGAAAGUAAAGAAACUCGCGGAGCAGUAUGUUGAAACAGCCCAACAGAAUAGAAAAAGUUGAUUCCCAUAUCACCAUUUCAUCCUCAACAAGUUUUCUUGGGUUAUUAUUAGUUGUUCACCUUUUUGUUAGGUGUGACGUUGCUGACUGUUUUAGAAACUUGCUUCAUCUUGUUACUGUGAACAUAUGUUAGAUUUGACACCAUGAAAAUUGUGCUACAUUGCGAACAGUAGGGAUUGAUUCCGAGAAAGAGUAUUCGGGAAAGUUUGCUAUAGACUGCAGUGUGAUUCAUUCGCUGGUUCUUAGAAAAGAGAAUUACUGUGCAUAUUUAGCUAAAAUAGGAGGUACUCAAAGUGAAAGGAUGAAGAUCUUAUACAUUCCUCCUCAUGGCCUCUGUAGUUUCGUAUUGGCAAAUUCUAUGGGGGUGGAAUUUCAUCGUCUAUAGUUCUGUUUCAUAUAUUGUUGUAACAGUAAUAAUGCAAUCGUAGAGAAAAGACCUAUGUAUGCUUUACCAAGAAGAAAACAAAAAAGAUGAAUCGCAAUGGGAAGGAACGCCUCCAGAACUAAGAAAAUUUGUCUAACAUAUCUUGAACUUA